UCACGACUUUCCUUCAAACGAAAGAGAUUCGAAAACUCCAGCAAAGGAUAUUUUAUUAAUUUUAAUUUCGAUGCUCUUGAACUCUUCCCUCACUUUCGCUUCUGUGUACAAAGCGGAGCAAGAGGGAGGGGCGCUUUUACCGGUUUUUCUGUGAAGAAACAACCAUGGCGACGAAGCCAUCAACGUGGUUUCUGAGCCAGGGAUUUACCGCUUUCAACUGUAACCGUAACGAGAAUAAGCAAACAACUGUUCGAUUCUUCCUGCCUUCUCAAAAAUUGCUUCCUGCUUCUUGCAAAAUGCGGCAACGAAAUUUUAGGAGACAGCAAGUGAAGAAAGCGUCUCCUCAGCGGCCUACUACUACUGCAGAUUUUCAGUCUUCUGGUGAUGAUGAUUCUGAAGUUGAAGAUGCUUCUGAAGUUCAUGCUAUUCCUUGCUUGAACAAUGACUUUGGGGCUAAUGAUAGUGUUGAUGCGGAAUCUAAUAGAAGUUCAAAAAAUAUGGAGAAGAAUGUAGACGUGGAAAAUAUUAAGUUUGUUGAUGCAAAAGAUCUUUACAGUCUUACAGAGGAAAUGAAAUCUUUGGCCAUAGAUGGAGGAGAGAAGCUUUCUAGUAUUCCUGAUGAAAUGAAACCUUCGGGCUUAAAAAUAGAGGGCGGGGAGCAAUUUUCACAUGUCCGACUUGAGGAUUUGAUUGGCAUGAUAAGAAAUGCAGAGAAAAACAUCCUUCUUCUCAAUCAAGCUCGGGUCCAUGCACUAGAAGAUCUUGAAAGAAUUCUUGCUGAGAAGGAAAUAUUGCAAGGGGAAAUUAAUGUUUUGGAGAUGAGAUUGGCAGAAACUGAUGCAAGAAUGAAGGUUGCUGCCCAAGAAAAGAUACAUGUGGAACUCAUGGGGGAUCAGUUAGAGAAGCUAAAGAAUGAACUGACUUAUAGGGGAGAAAACCAGGACAAACUUUUGAAUGAGGAGCCCUCCUUGCUUCAAAAUAGUAGUGUUGAUUAUCUUAGUGAGGAGCUUAAUUUAUUGAGGGCAGAGAAUUCAUCCCUGAAAAAUGAUAUGGAAGCACUUAAGAGGGAGCUUAGUGAUGUUAAGGAUACAGAUGAACGUGUUAUAACACUGGAGAAAGAGCGCAUGUUGUUGGAGUCCUCUCUGAAAGACCUGGAGUCCAAAAUGUCCACUUCUCAGGAAGAUGUUUCAAAAUUAUCUAGCCUAAAAGUUGAAUGCAAAGACUUAUGGGAAAAAGUGGAAAAUUUGCAAGCCUUGCUUGAGAAGGCAACAAAACAAGCAGAUCAGGCUAUUCUAGUGUUACAGCAAAACCAGGAGCUCAGAAAGAAGGUUGAUAAAUUGGAAGAAUCCUUGGAAGAAGCCAAUGUCUACAAGCUAUCGUCAGAAAAAUUGCAGCAAUCUAAUGAACUAAUGCAGCAAAAGAUAAAAUUAUUGGAGGAACGUCUUCAAAGGUCUGAUGAAGAAAUAGGUUCUUAUGUCCAAGUAUAUCAAGAAUCUGUACAGGAAUUUCAAGAUACACUUAAUACUUUGAAAGAACAAAGCAAGAAAAAGGCACUAGAUCAACCUGUAGAUGAUAUGCCUUGGGAAUUUUGGAGUCGUUUAUUGCUUAUGAUUGAUGGUUGGGUGCUUGAGGAAAAAUUAUCAAAAGAAAAUGCAAAGCUGUUGAGAGAUAUGGUGUGGAAAAGAGAUAGGCGCGUUUGUGAUGCUUACUUGGAAUGCAGGGAAAAGAAUGACCGUGAAGCUGUUUCCACGUUUCUCAAGCUCACAUCAUCACCAGCAAGUUCAGGAUUGCAUGUCAUUCAUAUUGCUGCAGAGAUGGCACCAGUUGCUAAGGUUGGUGGUUUGGGAGAUGUUGUGACUGGUCUUGGAAAAGCACUGCAAAAGAGAGGACAUCUUGUGGAAAUUAUUCUGCCUAAAUACGAUUGCAUGCAAUAUGAUGGUAUUGGCAAUUUGAGGGCUCUAGAUGUGGUCGUGGAAUCAUAUUUUGAUGGCAAAUUAUACAAAAAUAAAAUAUGGGUUGGCACCAUUGAAGGUCUUCCUGUUUAUUUUAUUGAGCCUCAUCACCCUAACAAGUUUUUCUGGAGAGGGCAGUUUUAUGGGGAGCAUGAUGAUUUCAAACGCUUUUCAUUUUUCAGCCGAGCUGCACUUGAGUUGCUUCUUCAAGCCGGCAAAAAACCAGACAUAAUUCAUUGCCAUGACUGGCAGACAGCCUUUGUUGCGCCACUUUACUGGGAUAUUUACGCCCCCAAAGGAUUGAAUUCAGCUAGAAUUUGCUUUACAUGUCAUAACUUUGAGUAUCAAGGGACUGCACCUGCAUCAGAGCUGGUAUCUUGUGGACUUGAUGUCCAGGAGCUAAAUAGACCAGAUAGGAUGCAGGACAACUCAGCACAUGAUAGGAUCAAUCCUGUUAAGGGUGCAGUGGUGUUCUCAAACAUUGUCACAACUGUAUCACCCACCUAUGCACAAGAGGUGCGAACUGCUGAGGGUGGAAGAGGCCUCCAUUCAACUCUUAAUUUUCAUGCCAAGAAGUUUAUUGGAAUCCUUAAUGGAAUUGAUACCGAUUCAUGGAAUCCUAUGACAGAUUCAUUUCUCAAAGUUCAGUACAGUUCUAAUGAUCUUCAAGGCAAAACAGAAAACAAAUUAGCUAUAAGAAGGCAUCUCGGGCUAUCUACUGCAGAUGCUAAGCGGCCAUUGGUAGGCUGUAUAACAAGAUUGGUGCCGCAGAAAGGUGUACAUCUUAUUAGACAUGCAAUAUACCGAACUUUGGAGUUGGGUGGACAAUUUGUACUUCUUGGCUCAAGCCCAGUUGCUCAUAUUCAGAGGGAGUUUGAGGGUAUUGCAAACCAUUUUCAGAAUCAUGAGCACAUUCGGCUGAUAUUGAAGUACGAUGAUUCUCUUGCCCAUUCCAUUUAUGCAGCAUCUGACAUGUUUAUCAUCCCUUCUAUCUUUGAGCCUUGUGGCCUUACACAGAUGAUAGCAAUGAGAUAUGGCUCCAUACCCAUUGCAAGAAAAACUGGGGGUCUAAAUGAUAGUGUUUUUGAUGUUGAUGAUGAUGCAAUUCCUCUCCAAUUUCGAAAUGGAUUUACAUUCCUGACUCCUGAUGAACAGGGAAUAAAUGGAGCUUUAGAACGUGCAUUUAAUUACUAUAGGAAUAAUCCUGAGGGCUGGCAGGAGCUUGUUCAGAAGGACAUGAAUAUAGAUUUCAGUUGGGAAUCUUCAGCGUCACAGUAUGAGGAUCUCUAUGCAAAUUCAGUGGCCAGAGCAAGGGCGGCAGCAAGUCGUGGGGCUUAACCAUGGUAAAAUAAGCUCUCAUGGAAGCCGUGCUCGAGUUAGCUUCAUUUAUGGAUGCGAAUAUAUUGAGACCACUAAGAGAACUGAGCUAUCAAAGUGUCUCAGAUUAAAUUUACGGUUUUAACCAAGGUUGAAACUGGACGCAGCCUGCUGGAAUCAGCAUGUCUUGUAGCGUUGUAGGGAAGGAGGUUGUGAGAUGGAGGGUUAUAGAAGACCGCACAAUUCUUUUGUUCAUAAAAUAACAUUACAAUAAGUUAUAGCAAUAUACUCGAGAAAAUUCACAUUUGAUGCUUACUACAUAUCAGACAAAAAAAAGGUCUGAGUUCAUAUUUCCCGAUGAGCUUUAUUGUAUAUUUAUGGCAUUUAGAUUGGAAUCAAUUAUUUUCUGGGAAUAAGACAGCGGUUGUCGAAGUGAAGAAGCAUCAAAUAAUUAUGUUUUGGAAUAACUCCGUAAAAAUCAGUUUUCUGGAGAAGUUUCAAUUUUUUUAACCCAAAGAAAUAAAUUUUUGAUAAUAUAAUUAAAAAAAAAAUUAAAUAUUUGAUUUAAAUGAAAUGUAAUAAAAUGAUUUGAUUUUUGAACAAAUAAUAUAUUAUUUCCAAAUUCAGGCCUAAUUUUCAUUAUCCCUUACUUUUGCAAGAUAAAUCACGCAUUUUGGCACGCAAAAUUCACAUCAUGCUUUCAUUAGUCGACAACAAAUUUACAUCAUACAGUUCCAUUACUGAAAUCGAACACACAAUUGCUCACUUUCCGGGGACGAAGUUUGUGGCAUAAGCCCAGGCGUUGUUGUUGACUGGGUCAGCCAAGUGGUCAGCCAAGUUCUCCAAUGGACCCUUUCCAGUCACAAUGGCUUGAACAAAGAAUCCAAACAUAGAGAACAUAGCCAAUCUACCAUUCUUGAUUUCCUUUACCUUAAGCUCA